AUGCAUUGGAGAAGGCAAUUUGCAUUCAGUCUGCUGGCCAGAAGCAUACUCCUUGCUGAUUGCCUGGUAAACUUGCAGUCGUGUCAAGUGAGAUGUUCACCGGCUCUGGAGACCUCGAACACCCAACAAAGAUCAGGAUUUCGUCCAACCCAAACACGGAAGAAUCAACGGGGGCGAAAGCCACGAGGUUAUUGGAAAAACAUCGAAAACAUUGAAAAGGAAAUUCGGACCCAGUGGAUUUCGGUCAAUGUAAACAUACCUUCUGAUCAACCACCUCCCAUCCCAAACGAGUCUCUUUUGAACUAUUGGGAGAGGAACGACCUUCGAUAUGCAAUCUAUCAAUUCGGUGGGAGGGAAUUCCUCUCGGCAGAGAUGAAUGGCGCAUUUUUGGUUCCAGGAAAGUGGAAGGAAGCAUCGGAAAUUGAGUGGGUCAAGGAAUUAAUACAAAAUGACAAGAAUCUCGAUCCUGAAAUCCCUCCCCUGUCGCCCCAACAAGCGAAGUUGAAGAAAAGAGAGGACCCAAUGGAGGCAACUGAAUCGCGACAGAGAAAACGAUGGAUUCAAAGGAGUGAAAGAAAAAAGAAGGGUUUCUGGCGUUCUGAGGAAGUCGUGAUCGACGAAUUAUACAAGUACUUGAGCAAUCGUCGCGAUACUCGUGACCUUCCAGCUGUAUGGAUGCCUCGGGGGAACGAGUUGAAUGAUGCUGGACGAAAUGACCUUCACCAGGCAAUAGCUCGUUUUGGAGGGCCAAAAGCAAUCUGCAAGAAAGCUGGCUUAAUACCAUCAAGAGAAUGGCAUUACAUGGAAGGCCUUCACGAGCUGAUGAUUGAACUGAGAGCCUAUUGCGACGAAUUUUUUGAUGGAGACUACUCCAUAUUCCCUACCGUGUCCGGACUCGAUGAACAAGGAUAUGGGAGACUGAAGAGUCUCAUAGGAUACUUUGGAGGACAAAGGUUUGUCGCCAAGAGGCUUGGAAUGAUGCAUGUGUCGUCAGCGCAAGAUGGCACCAACAAUCCAACCGAUAGGAUAAGCUAUGGAAAAUUCGAUUUAGAGUUUGGAAUUCAGCUGUUUGAGUUUGUAAGGCAAGAGAACAUGAAAAAAAGCCCUCCAUUGCAAUUUCCAAUAAUUGCUAUGCCCACCUUUCGAGAUAUUUUAAGAAGUGACGACGACGAAGCUUUAAAGCUUGACUCGAAGAUCGGUAAAUAUGGCGGCUAUGAGAAUGUUGCAAGGCGAAUGGGGCUUGCCUUCGCCCCCAGUAAUCCGCAAUGA